AUGGCCAACCUCCAAUCGAUACCACGCUUUCUCCUGCCCCGGGGCCCUCUGCUCCUGCGACCCCAAGCCCGCGCAUUCCUCCCGUUACCCUCCCCCACGAGCGCCCGCCAUGCGUCCAUUACCCCCAAAGGUCUCUCAGAAGAAUUCCGAAGACGGCGGGAAGCACAGCAAAGCAAAGGAGCACCCGUAAUACCACAGCCCGACAAAUACCGACCGCCAUCGCACAGCAAGCGCGCCCCGAACCGCAACCUCGAGAACAAGAUCUAUGGCGCGCCCGUAUCCGAGGAAGACAAGAAGCGCAUGGCGACGAAGAAAUACCCCAACAUGAUGAGUCCCGAGGGCACCUUCUCGCAUUGGUUCCUGCACAACCGGGCCAUCCAUCUCUGGAUAACAAUGGGCAUACUCGUCUCCCUCGCCAUAGCAGCAUGGUACAUGGACUUUAUCUCCAAGACCGUCUUCGCCCACUUGCUCCCCUCGCGCAAAGAUUUCCUGCGACAUCCCUUUGAAUCGUCGUCGAGAUUCAUUGAGGUCUACAAGAUGCAUAUGGAGCAGACGUCGCAGCAGUACCAGCAGCAGAGGCUGAAGAAGGCGGAGGAGGUUGAGAAGAGGAAGCAGUAUCGGUUGGAGAGGAUGAGGGAGGCUGAGCUGAAGGGCGAGGAGUAUGUCGAGGAUCCGAGGUAUUAUGUUGGGGAGGAUGGUGUUAGGCGGAGGAGGGUUAAGAGGUGGUUUGGUAUCUGGGAGUGA